AUGGCGCAUGGAAAGAAAAGUAUUAAGUCUUCUAAUCCAAAACCAUGUGAUGCAACGUCAAGGACGUCUAGGACGGAUAAAGAUUCUGACGUCACGGACGAUUAUGACCGUCCUCUGCAGUGUCCAUCACAUUCCACAAGGGUAAUGAAUCUUUACUGCGCUUUUUGUGAAAAGCCAAUUUGUGACAAAUGUAAAACCACUGCGCAUGCGCGGCAUUCGACUGAAGUCAAAGGAAACAGAGCACUGGUCCGUGCAGCAAACUACAAACGAAAGUUUAUUCAGAAAAUGGUGGACAGCCGUAAAAUCUCAGUCAUUCCAAGAAUCAAAAGUCUUAUUGUUGAAUUAUCUGAGAGUAAGACAAAGUUACACGGUCGUGUGGAAAAUGUUAUCAAACGAUAUCAAAAUUAUGCCAGUAAACACCGCGAUAAGUUGAUUGCCCCGGAAGAAGAAUGGGUGAGCGAAAUCGUUUUCAAGUUAAAUAAAUAUGUCAAAAAUAUGGAUGAGAAAAUCAUGUUUCUAAAGGAACAGUUAUUCGAUGUACAGGCCUCCCUUCAGCUUAUUCAAAGCGAGUUAGAUUCAAUGAGUCAUGCGGAACUACUUUUAAUAUCUAACACACUACGUUCAAAUCUCGAAUUCAUCCAUGAACCAAAAUGGCCAUGCGAGGAAAUAAUGGUCACUUUGAAACUUCAAACAGUUCCAGACUUUGGUUCAGUGAUGUUCCAAACGGAUAAAUAUUCCGAUAAGAACUGUAGUGUCACUUUUGAUCACGUGAUGGCUGAACCAGUUAUAUACUCCAGAGUUUUUGAUACAAGACUGCCUAUUCCGAAGAAAGCACUCGCAGACGAAAAUGCAAAGAUUUCGCUGGCGUCUGCGUCAGAAAUGUACGUGUCAUUUGGGGAAUAUAUAGUAGCAUAUACACUGGAUAGCAGACGAUAUAAGAAAGCAAGCAGUAACAUACAUUUUACAUACAUAAUGACAGUGCGAGAUAAUAUUAUUGAUAUCUCGUGCGAACAGAACGGGCACCUGUUCUAUCUGACACAUAAUGCGGUGAAUUCAAUCACAGACCAACGAAAAAUUCGUAAAUGUUUUUCUUUAACUGAGACACCCAGCGCUAUAUGUGUAACAACAGAUGGACAUAAAAGUGUGUUCAUCGCCUUCCAUGAUGCCGGCAAGAUAUUCAAAUACGACAUGAAAGGUGAAAUCCUCAUGGAACUAAGUCAUCCUGAUCCAAAAAUGGUUUACCGUCCAAGACAUAUGGCCUUGAAUUACAUUGGUGACCUUUUCUUCUCCGACGAUAUCUCGAACAUUACCAUCUUAGACGAGAACGGUAUUUGGAAAGGGGCUAUAACUCGUGACGCCAAAACAACAUCUUCUUGUGGACCAUUACGGCCAACAGGAAUCGCUUGUUCAUUACAGCGGCAUGUCUUCAUCAUUGACAACAACGCAACAACAAAUGUUCAUAUUUUCAGUGAGGACGGGAAAUACCUACAAACAGCUGUAUUCAAGAACCUUAAAGACGCCUAUGUGUUGAACAUUGACCGGUCAGGUGACGUGUGGAUAGCCUUCAAAGACGGCCGCAUCCGUAUUUAUAGACCAAACUUUAUUGGUGACUUAGACUGA